CUUGGCCUUCCACUCUCUCUCGCCAUGGCGACCUCUCUCCUCCCCCUUGCUCGCCUACCUUCUCCUCCUCCUCCUACUACUUCCACCGGCCGUGCCCUCUCCUCCUCUUUCCUCCCUGCCUUCUCCAUCCCCUCCUCCUCCUCCACAUACUCUUCCCUUCCGUUCCUCCGCUUUCGGCGCCCGCUCCCUGCCGUGAGGGCCAUGGCGCCGCCCCCGAAGCCGUCGGGGAAAACCAAGAAGGUGGUCGGCAUCGUGAAGCUGGCUCUCGAGGCGGGCAAGGCGACCCCCGCGCCGCCGGUCGGCCCCGCUCUGGGUUCCAAGGGUGUGAACAUCAUGGCAUUCUGCAAGGAGUACAACGCCAAGACCGCCGAUAAGGCUGGAUACGUUAUCCCCGUCGAAAUCACCGUCUAUGAAGAUAAGAGCUUUACUUUUAUCUUGAAGACUCCACCGGCUUCGGUUCUGCUCCUCAAGGCUGCAGGAGUUGAGAAAGGUUCCAAAGAACCAAAACAGGAGAAGGUGGGGAAGGUAACCAUCGAGCAGCUGCGAGCAAUAGCAACCGAGAAAUUACCAGACUUGAACUGCACCACCAUUGAGUCAGCCAUGCGAAUUAUCGCAGGUACAGCAGCUAACAUGGGCAUCGACAUCGAUCCACCAGUCCUUGAGCCGAAGAAAAAGGCAGUCGUUUAAAAUCUGUAGUUUGCAUUGACUUAACUUCUUGUCAAAACUCCUCUCCGACGGAUCGAAACAUGAACUUCUGCAUGGGACUUCCUAUUUGAUCCAUUCAAUUUUCUUCUUGUU